GGGCCUGGCCUGCGGGUCUGCAUGCGGUUUUGGGUGCAGCUCAGCCUCAUCCGACAGACGGCAGCGCACAUGCGGCAGGACCCUCGCAUCUGUCCAGUUCGUCCAGUUUAGCAGCCUUAGAUGUCAUCGCGCGAAUUGCAUGGUUUCGCACAACCGCUUUUUUCUGCUCUUUGCGUUUUCCGUGUCCGGCGAGCUCUGCCCGUGGAACUUGCCGCCCGGCCCAAUGAAAUGAACACCCCCCUGGAAAUGGGCCAUAUUUGCUUCUCAUAGAUCCAGCCGAAUUCUCCGCGCGCAAUCCCCGAGGGCCCCGAAAGUGCCGCCGCCGACCUCCGCUCCCAUCCGGCGGCGUCCGCCAUGUGGCGAGAUCGCACCAACCUAUACAUAUCCUACCGAUCGUCGUAUGCACACCACCCGGCCAAGCGAACGCGGUAUGGAGACCACGCGGCGACGUCGACGGGCGCGGACCGCCCCGGCGGCGGCGGCACCGGCAACAGCCUCCUCUUCUCGGCCGACGAGGACCGGCGGGGCCUGCUGUCGUCGGGCGCGUACGACGCAAACGACGAUGGCGACGCCGUGAUCGAGAUGGACCUGCUACCGCCCCGCUGGGCCGAAGUCGGCGACGAGGUCUCGGACCUGCUGGCCGACAUUGCGCAAAAGGGCCAGAAGCUCGACCGACUGCACCAGAAGCACGUGCUGCCGGGCUUCAACGACGAGGAGGCCAAGAAGGCCGAGGAGAGCGAGAUCGAGGACCUGACCCAGAAGAUCACCAGGGGCUUCCACAAAUGCCACAAGUGCAUCCAGAGGGUCGACCGCAUGGUCAAGGACUCGCACCAGUCGCCCAACGGCAUAAGCAGGGCCGAGGAGACCAUGGCCAAGAACAUACAGGUCUCGUUGGCCGCCAGGGUCCAGGAGGCGAGCGCCGGCUUCAGGAAGAAGCAGAGCUCCUAUCUAAAGAAACUAAAGGACAUGGGUGGCGGUACCAUGAGCCCCGUCGGGGAGAGGUCGUCGACGCCCCUGGCCGGAGGCUCGUCGUCGGCGGCGUACAUGGAGCCGUCGCUCCUCGAGUCGGACGCGGACCGAUCCUUCUCGCAGUCGACCCUGCAGGCGACGAUGCACCAGAAGCUACUGCAGUCCAACGACGCCACCAUCCUGCAGCGCGAGCGCGAGAUCGACCAGAUCGCGCAGGGCAUCAUCGACCUCUCGGACCUGUUCCGCGACCUGCAGACCAUGGUCAUCGACCAGGGCACCAUGCUGGACCGCAUAGACUACAACGUCGAGCGCAUGGCCACCGACGUCAAGGCGGCCGAGAAGGAGCUGGUGGUCGCGUCGGGCUACCAGAAGAAGACGACCAAGAGGAAGAUCAUGCUGCUGCUGGCGCUCAUCAUCGCCGGCAUGAUCAUCCUGCUCAUCAUCAAGCCCAAGAAGGGGCAGCAGCCCGCCGUUGCACUCGACCCGGAGCCGGAGCCGGGGCCGAUAGAGCGUUCAUGAGAUGCACACGUUUACGCCGUCUUGACCACAACCACGUCCGGGGGAGGAGAAUCGAAACUAAAGUUAGGCGUUUAAAGGGGGCAAAUGUAAGAUACCUGUCAUUAUUCUUUCCUUCUGUCCUUUGGCGAAGGCCCCUGCUACAAAAAGUGCGAAUGGGGGUUUCUUUUCAUCGCAAUCAUUACAUUACGACUCUAGAGAAACUAUGAGGUCAGUCUCGUGUUGCAUUUAGGCUUGUAAUUCGACGGAGUUUGUGUGUUGCAAUCUGGCUCUCGAUGUACCCACCAGCCUUUUUUUUUUUUUGUCGUCCGACACCUUUGCACGGUUUAGAUGUUGUGAAUAUUACCUUCUCGUAGUUUUAUAUAUGUAGGAAGCCUCAUCUAUGCGCAUCAAGAUAUACCGUCAUACAAAAUCAUCAACCGUCAGGUCGACCGGGCAGCCCGGCAAAUCUUUAUGGUACAUAUGUCAUACAAGCGA